AUGUUUAUCUCUUUCACCUCUCUUUGCUGUGACCUUUCUCAAUAUACCUUUUCGUCUAUUCCACACUCGUUACUCUUAUCUCUCUCUCUCUCUCUCUCUCUCUCUCUCUCUCUAUGGUCCAUUUUUUUACUCACUCUCUGGUUACAUCUCUCUCUUGUCUACAAUUUUCUGUUUACUGAUUCACCCGUCUUCCAUCUCUCUCUUUAUCUCCCUCUAGCGGCCCAUAAGUCUUCUCUCUUUCCCGCUCUUCCUAAUGGCCUUUUCUCUUUCCAUGUCUUCUCUCUUUCACCUUCUAGUCACUCUCUCUCUCUUAUCUCGUUCCCCCUUUCUCUAGUGAUCUUUCUCUCUAAGAACUUUUUUUUUACAGAGAUCCAACCGUCUUCUCUCUUUCAUCCUUUAGCGACCCAAGAUCCACCCGUGGUCUCUCUCUCCCCCUCUCGUGACCCAGUAGUCUUAUCAUUCCGCCUCUCUCUAGUGACCUUUCACUCUAACGAUAUUUCUCCGUAUACAGAGAUCCACCCGUCUUCUCUCGCGCGCCUUCUAGCAACUCAGUACUCUUAUCUUUCCCCCUCUCUCUACCACAUAUUAUUCUUAUCUUUCCCCCUCUCUCUAGUAACCUUUCUCUCUAACGUUAUUUCUCUUUUUACAAAGAGCCACCCGUCUUCUAUUCAUCACCCUCUAACAACCCAGUACUCUUCUCUCUUUCCCACUCUCUGUAGUGACAUUUAUUGUUAA